CGCGGGCGACGAGCAUAAUCAACAGACCCAGGUUUCGACAUUCGGUAUAUGGCCAAAUCCAAGAAGAGAUAUGUACGGAACGAUGCUGCACUGAAGGAACAGCUCCUCGUCGAUCUCGACUCGCCCGCCAGCAAGCAGUCGAGUCUGCCCUCCAGCGCGCCCGACUCGGACGCGCCGAUCUACCGCCACCAUCACAACCCUCACAGUGACUUUGCGGAGGCAGCACAGCCGGAGGGAGCUGGGGAGGCUACUGUGCAGGAAGAGGGAGAGUUUGAGCGCGCGCUCGGCGCGCUCCAGUUCGAGCCGUCGCCGGUUGCGGAGCGGAUGGGCGGCGGCGCGCCUUGGGAGGGCGGGGCCGUGGUCGACGCCGACGACGAACAGCUCCAGGAAGAUUCUAGCGCGCUCCAGCUGGGGCACACACGUUCGCCCGUGCUCGCUCCCGUGCAGACCCCGCUCGACUCGCUCUCGCGCACGAUCCGCGCCGCGAUCCCGAGCCCGCCCCGCGUCUCGCGCCCGGUCUCCUUCGGCUCCUUCCUCCCGCCCUCCGCCGCGCUCAACCCGUCGCGGAGCACCGCCUCGUCCUCGCGCAGCCCCGCUCUGUCGUCUUCGCCGGCCGGCAAGCGACGCGGGUCGAGCGCGGCGAGCACCGAUCCCGCGGCGGACCUGCGCGGGUUGAGCGUCGAAGAAGACGUGUUCGUGAUGGACGAGGACGGGGGCGAGGAGCAGCGCGAGUCCCGAGGCGGCGUGCGGUACCCCGGGACGGGCGCGCCGGCCGAGGAGGCGGACCCCGUGCUGUGGGCCCGCUGGGACGAGUCCAUUGUAGGCCGUCGGCGCCGAUCGUUGCUGCUCCUCGGAUACGACACCGGGAUACAGAUUUGGGACUGCACCGACCUUGGCGCCGUCUCCGAGAUGCUCAACCUCAAGUCUCCAACCUCCUCUUCCGCUGGUGUUGAUAUCGAACACCCCAUUUAUGCGACCAUAUUGCCCCCGCCCUCGGCAUUGAGACCUGCAGCGACCUCGAAACGCGAUACAAGAUCGACUGAAGAUCAAUACGCCGACGCGCGACCUUUACUUGGGAUGCUAUCAUGCAACGGCAGAGACUACAGCGACGACGCGCUCGUGAUCUACUCCCUUCGCCGUCACGGCGAAGUGACGCGUAUCCCGUUUCACGGCCAAGGCGUCGCGCGGGUCGAAGCCAGCGCGGAAUUCGUUGUCGUCAGUACGAUCUCGCCCCCGACGCUGCACGUCCUCUGCUCUCGCACCUUCACGACUUUACAGGCCAUCCCAUCCUCACAUCUCGCACCCCCCUUCGCGCACCCGCUCGCCCCGCGCGUCUCACGCUCCAUCUCCAUCUCCGUCUCCGUCUCCAACGCGUUCUCCCGCACCCCGCCCGCCGACCCGGCCCCCACUACCGCGGACGACGCCACUCCCUUUCGCGCCAAUAUACCCCAGCCUGUCUUCUCGCUCUCCCAUCGCCUUCUCGCUUAUGCCUCUUCCCCGCCGACGGCGCCAGAAGGACCGAGGCCUUCUCCGCCGCUUCAGCACCCUUCCUCCUCCGUCUCUGCUUUCGGGAUCACGCAGGCUGAUAUCGGAAAUACGGCGUUACGCGUUGGAGGGUCGGUUUUUGGUGGGAUGAAGGCGCUCGGCGGGAUGGCGAUCAGCGCGAUCCAGCAGCGCGCGGCACCUGCAGAGGACAGGGACAGGGACAGGGACAGGGACAGGGGCCGCGACCGGGAGAAGAAGGAGAAGGAGAAGGGCGCCGCGGGCGUGUCGAAGAGCGCGCCUAGCGCGAUAUCCGCGGAGCCGAUCGUGGGGAUCAGCCGGCGGACGUCGACGGGCCCGGAAACGAGCGCGCCGUCGUCGUCGUCGACGGCCUACGUGUCUAUCGUGGACCUCGCCUCGUUGACGUUGACGAACGACAAACGCGGUCGGUCGAGACUCGACCCGUUCUCCCGCUUCGUCGCGUGGCGCGAUCAGCCCGUGUCUGAACUCCAGUUCGCGCCGGACGGGACGACGCUCGCGGUCUCGCGCAGGGACGGUACGGUCGUGCGCGUGUUCAGGGUCGGCGCGAUCAAGGUUGCGAGUCGGGACGCGGAAGACUUCGAACCGGCGGCGGUGUACGAGCUGAAGCGCGGGCGGACGAGCGGCGUCGUCGAGGACGUCGUCAGCGCGCGGGACGAGCGCUGGAUCGCGAUCGGGACGAGGGCGCGCACCGUGCACGUGUUCGCGACGAACCCGUACGGCGGACCCGCGGACGAUCGGAGUCACCUGGAGGGCCGGGUCCGUAACUGCGUCGAGUUGCAACCCCUGUCGACGGAGCUGUCGCCCCUCGUGCGCCUGCGCGCGCCCAAGCCCGGCGCGCAGGACCGUCCGCCGCCGCCGCCGCUCGCCUUCUCCUUCGUCGACCGCGCGCACACCGCGCUUCCGGGGCACCUGCUCCCCCCCGCGCUCGCCGUGCCGAGCGCGUCGCGCCCGCGAACGACGUCGACGGCCUCCGCCGCGUCGCCCGGGCUCCUCCCGCUCUUGCCGUCGCACCCCGCGCUGCGCCGCCCGCGGAACUACCAGGACGUGCUGCUGUUCGACCCGGCCGACGGCGUGCUCAGCCUGCGCCGCGUCGUCGUCGAGAAGCGCGCGGCGGAUCACUAUCAUCACCGGUUAUCGCUCACGUCGCUCCCCGCCGCGCUGCCCGUUCCCGGCAGCGUGAGCGCGUCCGUCCCGGCCGGGUCGCCGCGCAGCUGGGGCAGCCGCGCGAGCCCGUCUGCGGUGGACGCGGCGGCGGCGGAGAAGCCGGUCAGGACGGAGCUGUACGCGAAGGAGAGCGUGUGCGCGACGUGGAAUCUCAGGCGGGGCGUCGAUUGGGGCGAGAUACGGAAGAAGUGGGCGGACGGGAAGGAGGGGGUACCGGCGCGGCGCCGUGCGAGGACGCCGCGAUCCGAGUGGCUGGCGCAGGCGGAGCUGUCGACGUUCUCGCGUGCGCCCCGGGUGCUGCCGCGGGCGAUAUAUCUCUCGCACCAGUUCUCGUUCUUCGCGCUCGGCGAGGACUACCACGCACUCGUUCGCAGGUACCAGCUCGAUGUGCCAGUGACCAAGGUCAGUGUGCGGCGCGAUGUCCAGAUUGUCGGAGGGAGCGGAGGAGGAGGAGGAGGAUUCGACCAGACGGCGUUCGCGCAGGACUUCCAUGGCGGACCGUCGUCGUCAUCCUCCGGGUUCGACGAGCCGCUAGCGUCCGCGAUGUCGGCCGGGCUGGAUUACGAUAGCAGGAGCUCGCCGCCGGUGCUGCCCAUGUAUCCCAACGGCCUUGGAGGCGGCGGAUCGUCGCUGCCGAAGGGAUAUGGCGUCCCGAUCCGGUCGAUGGCCGCAGGUCUGAGCGAUGGGAUGAGCGAGGGACUUGGGCGGUUGAGGCGCGAGAUGGGCCGGGUGCGGUCGCCGCGGAUGGUGCCGGUACAAGGGUCGGAGGGACCCGUGCCGUUGGAGUUCGACGAGGUUGACGAGGAGGACUUCGUGGCGCCCUCGGUGGCGAGGAGGCGGGCGCAGACAGCGACGGAGGAGGAGGAGGAUGUCGCGUGGAAGGGUUGGGAGGCGGACGAUAUGCCCACGAUCGAGGAGGCGGAACGGUUCGAUGAUCUAGUAGUAGGGUUUAUGGAUGAGGAGCAGGCGCAUAGGACGGUCAGGGUACGCGCGCAGCAGCAGACGCCGACCCAGCCGACGGAGGCGAACAAGAAGGUGAGGAGGAAGAAGUGGUAGAAGUAGGCAGUAAAGCAAAGAUGUACACUCCUUUGAAGAAGCAAAUGUAAGCUAGGUGUCAA